CGGGACUCUUUUGGGAUGUUCGAUGGGUAUGACAGCUGCAGCGAGGAGUCCAGUAGCAACUCCAGCUCCGAAGACAGCGAUGAGGAGGUCCCGUCGCUCCCCUCCAGCCUACCAAUUAUUAAGACCAACGGCCAGGUUUACACUUACCCCGACGGAAAAGCUGGAAUGGCUACAUGUGAGAUGUGUGGCAUGGUGGGUGUUAGAGACGCCUUUUACUCCAAAACCAAACGCUUCUGCAGUGUCUCCUGUUCACGGAGUUAUUCGUCCAAUUCGAAAAAAGCGAGUAUUCUAGCCAGGCUCCAGGGCAAACCACCAACGAAAAAGGCAAAAGUGCUACAGAAACAACCAUUAAUGGCUAAAUUAGCUGCAUAUGCUCAAUAUCAAGCUAACCAGCAGAGUCAGAUGAAAUCUAAGACUGCUGUCCCUGUGGAAGGGUUUGACUGGGGGCGCUAUAUUGGUAACGGGGACAUGGUUGGUGCACCAGUUAGCUGUUUUAAGCAUGUUCCCAUGGGAACGUCGUGGGAUGACAUCACCGAGGGAGUGAGGGUGGAACUCCCCAACUCUGACAGCGGCCUACCAAUGAAGGUUUACUGGAUUGCCAGCAUCAUCAAGUUAGCGGGUUUUAAGGCUUUACUGAGAUACGAGGGCUUCGACAAUGACUCCGCUCACGACUUCUGGCGUAACCUGUGCGUGCCGGACAUUCACCCCGUGGGCUGGUGUGCGUCGGGGGGAAAACCCCUGGUGCCUCCCAAAUCCAUUCAGCACAAAGUGACCAACUGGAAGGCGUUCCUCGUCAAACGCCUCACUGGCGCCAAAACCCUCCCUCCUGAUUUCUCCUCCAAGGUGACUGAAAGUAUGCAGUUCCCCUUUAAGAAGCUGAUGCGUGUAGAGGUGGUGGACAAAACGCACCUGUGUCGGACGCGCGUGGCUUUAGUCGAGCAGGUGAUCGGCGGCCGGCUGCGCCUCGUUUACGAGGAGAGCGAGGACGGUUCGGACGACUUCUGGUGUCACAUGUACAGUCCCCUCAUCCAUAGCAUCGGCUGGUCCCGCAGCAUCGGUCACCGAUUCAAAAGAUCUGAUAUGUCGAAGAAGCUGGAAGGUCAAACAGAUGCCCCAGGGCAACUUUUCGCCAAGGUAAAAGAUGUGGAUCAAAGCGGAGAGUGGUUCAAAGAAGGGAUGAAACUGGAGGCCAUAGAUCCGCUGAAUCUCUCUGCCAUUUGCGUCGCCACCGUAAGGAAGGUCCUGGCAGAUGGAUACCUCAUGAUUGGUAUUGAUGGCUCUGAGGCCGCAGAUGGUUCCGACUGGUUCUGCUACCAUUCCACCUCUCCCUCGAUUUUUCCUGUGGGCUUCUGUGAAAUUAACAACAUUGAGCUUACCCCGCCUCGUGGCUACACAAAACUCCCAUUCAGAUGGUUUGACUACUUAAGGGAAACAGGUUCAGUGGCAGCUCCAGUGAAGCUCUUUAACAAGGAGGUACCAAACCACGGCUUUCGCACAGGCAUGAAGUUGGAGGCGGUGGAUCUCAUGGAACCCCGUCUGGUGUGUGUUGCCACGGUGACUCGCAUUGUGCACAGGCUGCUGCGUAUCCACUUUGACGGCUGGGAGGACGAAUACGAUCAGUGGGUGGACUGUGAAUCACCUGACCUGUACCCAGUAGGCUGGUGUCAGCUAACUGGGUAUCAGCUCCAGCCUCCAGCGGUACAGGCUUCCAGAGAGCACCCUCUGAGUGUUACCAAACAGAGGAAAAAAUCCCAGCAAUACAAAGGGCAAAAGAAAAAGGAGACACGUCAGAUGAAGGAGGAGGCCGCUGACCCAGACGAAUUCACCUUCCUGCAAGGUGCAUCAGACCUGGAGAGCAAUGGCUUUAUUAAACAGGAACCCUGA